CAACACAACACAACACAACACAACACAAAGCUUUUCUCAUCCAAGUCUUUUGCCUUCUUUACUAGCUACCAAUUCAAUCUAUUAGCCUCUUCUUCCUUUUCAAGUGUCGAAAAUUUUGUGAAUUUUCUAAAAUGGCAAAUGGUGAUUCAAUCUCAAUUGAAGUUCAAGAUGCAAAAGCAGCUGCUAAGCUAGAGAAAGUACCAAUGUUAGCUCAUCCAAAGAAUGAGAACAAAGGAUGGAAGAAAGGCAUUGCCAUAACCGAUUUUGUUCUAAGGCUCGGUGCCUUAGCAGCUGCUCUAGGUGCAGCCGCCACCAUGGGGAUGAGCGAUGAAACUCUUCCCUUCUUCACUCAAUUCUUCCAGUUCGAAGCAAGCUAUGAUGACAUGCCCGCCUUUAUGUUUUUUGUGAUUGCAAUGGCAUUAGUAGGAGGCUACCUAGUCUUGUCGCUUCCUUUCUCAAUUGUAACCAUUGUUAGACCCCAUGCUGUUGGACCAAGGCUUUUGCUAAUUAUUACAGACACAUUGGCGCUUACUUUGAGUGCUUCCUCUGGGGCUUCGGCUACAGCCAUAGUUUACUUGGCUCACAACGGCAAUGCUAGCGCAAAUUGGUUGGCGGUAUGCGAUCAGUUCACCGAUUUCUGCCAAGGAGUUAGUGGCGCCGUUGUGUCUUCCUUUGUUUCAGUGGCCCUCUUAGUGAUCUUGGUUAUACUCUCUGCUUGUGCUAUCAGAAGAAAUUAACCAGCUAGUUGCAAGGACCAGUACUGUUCUCUUAAAGUUCUGAAGAAUUUGAUCUUCUUUCUUUGUGGGUUUUUUUAAUUUUAUUUUGGGAUUGGAUUAAGCACCUUGCUGUGCUGCAUAGGUUGAUAGAAAAGAGCUAGUAUCAAUCUAUGUGAUUGUUUGGACAUUGUAUUGAAAAUUAUUGUUAACUUUAAUUACAAAAGAAAUGUUAUUUUGUGUACUUAAAAAAUUCUACUUUGGUCUCAUUUUGGAUUUACAUGAAGAAGAUAAAGCGUUAGUGUUUUGGACCUAAAAUUUUACUUUAAUUUAAAACACAAGUAAGUAAUGAUUUUGGAUGAUCCAAAAGUGGUCAAUCAUAACCUCAACAAACUCUCAAUAUUCAUGGAUAACCUCUAUACUUGAUUCACUUUUUUCCUUAUGGAGGGAAGAAAAAACUGUUCAUUAAAUUGCAAUUUGGGUUUUUUUUUUUAAGAUGAUGAAUUUUUCUACUUAGUGCAAUAUAAUUGUUGGUAUUGUCCAAAAUGAUUUUAAGAGUGUUGCUACUGUUCCAAUUGAAUGGAAUUUUGUUUUAGAAGGUAAGGUGAGAUAAACUUCAUUAGCAGAACACAGUAGUAAUGAGGCAUAUUCUUUUGCAAGGUAAACUUUGAUAGUACUAAUAGAACAUGGCACAAAAAUUCUCCAAUCCAAAAAACUAGAAGAAUUCGAAGUCGAGAAAUUUACCCCCGGAUUUCAUGUCCCCUCCCGGACCUCCUCCUACCCCUCCACCGCCAGCCAUCCUCUUACUUGUGCUACCUACACCAAUUGGUUCAACCGCACCAUAUUUCCCAGGAAGCUCGGCCUCCAUGGGUCUUGGCACUUCUGGCGGAGUACUACAUCGUAUUAGAGCCCAAUUUACCCCUUCAAAGAAUGGGUGCUGCUUGAUCUCAGUGGCGCCCCUUUUCACCCCAAGCCGGUGUUGGGGUUCCUUUACCAGCAAACCUCGGAUCAGAUCCCGACUGGCAUAACUAGUUGCUGGUGAAUCAGGAAAUCUGAGUUGUUGUCCAACCACAUUGAACAACGUGGCGCGGUUUCCUGAACCUUUGAAAGGUGUUUUACCAUAAAGCAAUUCGUGCAAGAAUAUGCCAAAUGUCCACCAAUCAACUGCACUGCCAUGGCCUUCCCCCUUGAUAAUUUCUGGGGCAAGGUAUUCGUGGGUGCCAACGAAGGACAUGGAACGAGCCGUUGUAGGUUCUGCAACAAGCUCUGGAAGUGCACUUGAAGGAAAGCCAAAAUCAGUUCGAGUUUUUCGGGUUUUCUUUUUGUUCUUCUGAGGGAAGAUCUUGGGAAUAAAACAAGCAGGCUGGAUACAUGCUGAUGAGGGCUCGAUACAGGCAGGCUGAACACAGAAUGCUCCACCCGCUCCUCUCUUUGAAGGGUCAGAAUCAAAUGAGGUUUUUAUUAAUGUUGGCGAAACAGCACAUCGAAGGGAAAGAUCAAAGUCGGAAAGCAUUAUGUGGCCAUCGUCACGGACAAGCACAUUUUCAGGUUUCAAGUCUCUGUAGACAACUCCGAGCAUGUGAAGAUACUCAAGGGCCAAGAGAACCUCUGCAGCAUAGAAUCUGCAGAAAGGAAAUACAAAGUAACCAUAUUAGUCUUAAACCAAAUACUUGCUUAAGAUACAAUGUUACAUCGUUUUCUUAUAUGCCAGAAUGCAAAAUACUCUUCUGAAAAAUCUAGACCGUUACUUAAUUGAGAGUUGACCAUGACAUAAUGCAUUCACUUUUCUUAAUAACAAAAUUAUUACUCAUAACAUUACAAGCAAUUUAGUACGUUCUGAUUUUUACCAUUAUAGUAGAAACUUCUUGCAAAAACAAGACCCAGAAAGCAAAAUAUUAUAACAAACUAAUCUAAGCCAUGCUAAAGGCAAACACAAAAGAUUUAGACAUCUAUGAAAACAUCUUUGAAGAAUAUAAAUCAUACCGUGCAGCAUACUCAGAGAAAUGUUUCCCGGGUUGUCGUUGCCUCAAAGUAUGAAGAUCACCACCAGGACAAUAUUCCAUUACCAAACAGGAGAAUCGAUCAGUCUCGAAAUGAGUAUACAAAGUAGGAAGGAAUGGAUGGUCAAGCAGUUGUAAUAUUUCUCUUUCUGUCUGAGCUCUAGUCAACUUCUUCCUAGCAGCAAGGGAUGCCUUGUCCAUUACUUUCAUUGCAAAAUAACAGCGUGUGCCGCUAAGUUCUGAGAGAUACACACUGCCAAUGUCACCACAACCAAGUCGUUUCAGUAAUCUAAAAUGACUCAUGCCCAAAAUUCCAUCACGAGCUCUUAUGGCAAGAAUAGCCUUCCAUCUUGGAUCAUUUCCUUUGUGUGGCUUAUUUGCACUUCCAGUAAUGUUACUCCAGUUACUAUCAUCACUGAGGCCACUACUAUCACUUGCUCGACUAACACUAGUUUUAGCGCUUUCAAGCGAAUCCCCUCUAACACUGCACUUGUUGCUCUCACAAUUCCUCUCUAUACUAAGCAUACCAUCACUAGUGACAGCAUCACUUCGAUAGGUACUAGCACAGCUAUUAACGAUACUCAUUGCAGUGACAACACCAGUACUGUCAAUGCUACUGAGUGGACUCAC